GCGUCCCACGCGGCCGCGCGAGCUCGCGCCUCCGCGCAUCCCCACGCGCGCCCCUCCCGCUAUAAACACCGCACUCUCCCUCUUCCUCGUCCACCUCACUCGUAGUCCUAGCGGCUGUAGCGCUCUUGGGCAGCGUGGGCACGCGGUAGAUUAUCUUAUCAUGGCCGACCAGCACCGGGGCGCGAUGGGAGGAGGAGGCGGGGGCUACGGCGACCUCCACCGGGGCGGCGAGCGCGGCGAGACGCAGCAGAGGCAGAGCGCCAUGAUGACGGCCCUGAAGGCGGCGACUGCCGCGACCGCCGGCGGGUCUAUGCUGGUGCUGUCGGGGCUGAUCCUGGCCGGCACCGUGAUUGCGCUCACCGUGGCGACGCCCGUGUUGGUGAUCUUCAGCCCGGUGCUGGUGCCGGCGGCCAUCACGCUGGCUCUCAUGGCGGCCGGGUUCGUCACAUCCGGCGGCCUCGGCGUGGCCGCGCUCUCCGUGUUCUCGUGGAUGUACAAGUACCUGACGGGCAAGCACCCGCCGGGCGCCGACCAGCUGGACCACGCCAAGGCGCGGCUCGCGUCCAAGGCCCGCGACAUCAAGGAUGCGGCGCAGCACCGCAUCGACCAGGCGCAGGGGUCUUGAGGAAGGAGCAUAUACGCGAGCGGUGGAUCGCGCGCGUCCUGCGUACGUGGACGGCAGCGCGGGACGGCGGCGGCGCGCGACCACCGCCGGCGCGGCAUGGCUGCCUACGGUCGCUGCCGUAGCG